AUGGCCUCUGAUAUGGAAGGUGUCAAAUAUGAGGAGGAGUUCAUCUUAAAUUCUCGAGGAAUGAAGCUUUUCACAUGCAGAUGGCUCCCAAAAAACACCACACCCAAAGCCUUAAUCUUCAUCUGUCAUGGAUACGCCAUGGAAUGCAGCAUCACCAUGAACAGUACUGCAAUCAGGCUUGCCAAAGCAGGCUUUGCCUUAUAUGGGAUUGACUAUGAAGGCCAUGGAAAAUCAGCAGGCCUUGAAGGCUAUGUCAAAAGCUUUGAUGAUGUAGUGGAUGACUGUACCAAUCACUUCACAAACAUAUGUGAAAGCAAAGAGAACAAAGGAAAAAUGAGGUAUCUGUUGGGAGAGUCAAUGGGAGGAGCUGUGGCUCUGCUGGUGCACAGAAAAAAGCCAGGGUUUUGGGAUGGUGCAGUUUUGGUUGCACCUAUGUGUAAGAUUGCAGAUGAAUUGAGGCCAUCUCCUUUCGUCAUCAGUGCUUUGACAAAGCUCUGCAAGUUCAUUCCAACCUGGAAAAUAAUCCCAACAAAUGAUAUCAUCGACGUUGCUUUCAAAGUACCCGAGAUAAGAGAACAGAUCAGAGAAAACCCCUACUGUUACAAAGGCCGGCCUCGGCUUCAAACCGGCUACGAGCUUUUGAGGGUGAGCUCGGAUCUUGAGCAGAGGCUUGAAGAGGUCACCUUGCCAUUCCUAGUUUUACAUGGGGAAGACGAUAAGGUGACAGAUAAAUCAGUCAGCAAACAGCUUCAUAACGUGGCUUCUAGCCAGGACAAGACAUUGAAGAUGUACCCAAAUAUGUGGCAUGGUCUGCUCUACGGAGAAACACCUGACAACAUUGAGAUUGUGUUUUCAGACAUAAUCAGCUGGUUAGAGAACAGAAGUGCUUUUGGCAAUUCAAGGUUGGAGGGAGAGUUGAAAAGUGGAAAUGACGAUUUGUCCAAGUAG